AUGAAACUGACCAUGGGCUGGCUCCUGCUCUCCCUCACUCUGCUGCUGGUGCUGUCAAGUUUAGUCCAGUGUGAACAGAAGAGAAGGAAAGGACCACGAGAUGACAACCGUGUGCUGCUCAACGAAGCCAAAGUCCUGAUGUGCCCGCUGGAGGUCCUGUUCAUGGUGGACAGCUCAGAGACGGCCAGAGGAGCCCUGUUUGAGCGUCAGAAGGACUUCAUCUCCAGCCUGAGCUCUGGCCUGGUGCAGCUCCAGUCUGUGGGCUGGAGGAUGAGGGUGAGGCUCGCUGCUCUUCAGUUCAGCAGCUCAGUGUCUCUGGAGCACAACUUCAGGGACUGGCAGGACGUGGACGUGUUCCAGAGCAGAGUCGCCUCCAUGAAGUUCAUCGGACACGGCUCCUACUCGGCCUAUGCCAUUUCCAAUGCCACCAAGGUGUUUGUGCGUGAGACGUCUCCCAGCAGCCUGCGGGUGGCAGUACUGAUGACCGACGGCACAGAUCAUCCCCGCAGCCCCAGUGCUGUGUCUGCUGCUGCUGAGGCCAAACAGCACAACAUCAGAGUGUUCACUGUGCGUCUGUCCUCUGGGCCCCGGGACGGGCCCCUGGGCACCAGGCUGCGCUCUAUCGCCAGUGCCCCCCCACAGCAGCACGUGCUCAGCCUCAUGGACGAGCAGCUCAGAGACAGGCUGCUCUCAGAAAUGAAUUCGAUAGUAAAAGCUGGGUGUCCACAGCCCAAGUCCUGUCUGUGUGACAAGGGCGAGAGGGGCCAUCCUGGAAGUCCAGGGAAACCAGGCGAGCCCGGAUCAGAUGGCCCUCCAGGUCCAAAGGGCUCUCGCGGGGAGCCAGGUAUCAACGGAAGGCCUGGAAUGGAAGGUCUGGAGGGUCGGCCUGGCAGCAAAGGAGAAAAGGGCGAGCGAGGUGACUGUGGGGCCCCUGGUAAAAAAGGACAACAGGGAACAAGUGGAGCUCCAGGUCCUCCAGGUCCUAAAGGAGAGAAGGGGGCCAAGGGGGGCACUGGAGACCAGGGCCCAGAGGGGCCAGUGGGAUUCAAGGGAGAGCGAGGGGCAAGGGGAGUGCCCGGUCCUCCAGGAGACAAUGGUGUGGGUUACCCUGGUCCAAAGGGUGACAAAGGAAACCAGGGCAGAGCAGGGCCACAGGGGCCGAUGGGACUGGGAGAGCCGGGCACCCCUGGCCCAGCUGGUCCUCCAGGCAUGCAGGGCGCUCCAGGUUUUCCCGGUGAAGGUCUGCCUGGACCAAAGGGUGACAGGGGCUAUGAGGGCCCCAAGGGCACUCGCGGGCCCCAUGGAGUUGGCUCUAAAGGUGAUAAGGGGAACAUUGGAGCCCCAGGACUACCAGGUUUGAUGGGCUUUCCUGGAGCAGGUAUACAGGGAGACAAGGGGGACCAAGGACCCAUUGGGCCCACUGGACCGAGAGGCCCUCCUGGACUUGGCAUCAUUGGUCCAAAGGGAGACCAAGGCUUUCCUGGUGAGCCAGGGCUGCAGGGAGAGCGAGGAGUGGGUGAACCUGGGCCAAAGGGAGAAGAAGGACCAGAGGGGGCGGCUGGGAUCCCAGGGAUUCCUGGAGAGGACGGAGCAGUUGGAGCCAAGGGAGAGAUGGGUGUACCAGGACCGCGAGGAACUGAGGGGGCACCUGGAAAAGGAAUCCCGGGAGAAAAGGGAGACCAGGGGGACCGAGGAGCCAGAGGAUUACCAGGACCCCCCGGACCAGUGGGACCUGCAGGGGCCAAGGGGGAACCUGGGAGCCAGGGGAUGGUGGGGCUCUCUGGUGCUCCGGGCCGUGGGGUCCCAGGACCAAAGGGAGACCAGGGCUCAGUGGGCCCAGCGGGGCCUGUGGGGGAGCCGGGAGUUGGAAUCAUGGGACCAAAGGGAAACAAAGGCAGCCCUGGGCCUGUGGGGCCUGCUGGGGAGAAGGGUGAGGGUCUGCCUGGAGCCCCGGGGCUGCCUGGAUUACCUGGGAUACAAGGAGACAUGGGCGCAGAAGGGAGAGGGCUGCCUGGAUCUAAGGGGGACAGAGGGUUACCAGGGGUUCCAGGGCCGAUUGGUCCUCCUGGGAUUGGUCUUUUUGGACCAAAGGGCUCCUCUGGACAGCCUGGACCUCCAGGGAUGCCUGGGCAUCCAGGAGAAGGGAUCCAGGGCCCUAAGGGGGAGCCAGGCUUUCAGGGGCCAGUGGGUCCACGGGGCCAACCAGGGGACGGCCUUCCAGGAGAAAAGGGGGACAGAGGCGUCUCUGGAGAGCGGGGAAAGAAAGGAGACAAAGGAGACCAUGGAGAGCCUGGUUCUGCUGGACUGAUGGGCAGAGCAGGGCAAAAGGGAGAUCCAGGACUGUCAACAGAGGAGGUUCUACAGAUCAUCAGAGAGAUCUGUGGCUGUGGCGUGCGGUGUAGAGAGCGCCCCCUGGAGCUGGUCUUUAUCAUUGACAGCUCUGAAAGUGUAGGUCCAGAGAACUUUGAGCUGGUCAAAGACUUUGUGACGUCUCUGAUGGAGCGUCUGACCAUCAGCAGACAGGGCGCCCGUGUGGGUCUGCUGCUCUACAGCCACAUUACCAUGGAGAUCGCCAGUCUGCAGCAGCACGCCGACCACGACCAUCUCAGGGCACUGGUGCGCAGGAUGCCGUACCUGGGUGAGGGCACGUUCACGGGCAGCGCCAUCCACGCAGCCACCCAGCUGUUCGAGACGGCGAGACCGGGUGUCAGGAGGGUAGCUGUGCUUCUGACCGACGGGCAGGCUGACCCCAGAGACGCGCUGCAGUUUGAGGAGACAGCCACACAGGCGCACGACGCUGGAAUAGAGCUGUUUGUGAUCGGAGUCCUGAACCACACAGACCCUCUGUACGCCGAGUUUGAGGCAGAGAUGAGCGCCAUCGCCUCAGAGCCAACGCAACAACACAUCUAUCUGAUCGAUGACUUCAGGACUCUGCCCACACUGGAGGGCAAAUUGCUUAACCGGAUUUGUGAGUAUGAAAAUAGAGUGGCUUUUCUCCCGGAGAGCAUCUUCUCAUCACUGGCUCCACAAACUCCAGCCCCAACAGAGAGGUCAGCUGAGAAUAAGAAUGCAGUUGAAGGACGUGCGGAGGACGUGACCCAGAGACCUAAAGAGGAUCAGCGCCAGCCUGACCCAUCCCUCACAGCUCCAGGAGGGGACACACACAGACUGGCACAGGGCAUCACCGCAGCUCCAAGCCCCGGGCACACUGACACAGAGGGCACACUGGCCCCUGUGAGAGAACCAGGCCUUCCAGCUACUGUGCCCUCUCUGCCAGAUGUGGGCUGUGGACAGGCUCUGGACCCGGGCCCCUGUCGUCAGUACGUGGUGCGCUGGUACUAUGACCCUGAAGCCAACGCCUGCGCUCAGUUCUGGUUUGGUGGUUGCCAAGGAAAUGCAAACAAUUUUGAGUCGGAAUCUUGGUGCAGGAAAUCCUGUGUGUCCACGUAA